UUCUACGUCUUGCCAUUCUCCACUUCUUCUUCUUCUUCUUCUAUACAACCUCAUAAAAAAAAUUCUUUUACACCUUUCCACACACAUUUUAUAAAAAAUGUUGUCUUUUAAAAUGCAACAUUUCUUCUAUUCAUUUUUUAAAACAUUAUUUUGUUUGCAUUUUACUAAUAAUUUUGGUGCUAAUUUUUGCAGAUCUUCUAUAAUGAGAUGAAACAAAAAACUUUUAGAUCUGAAAUGAGACCGUGUAAAAUUAAAACGGCUUCCAGCAGAUCUGAAAUCAAAAUCACGGGAACAUCGGAUCUGAAAUUGAAAUCACUGGAUCUGAUAUCAAAACCACCAGAUUUGAAAUCAACUCUCAUCUUCUUCAUACUUACAAGAUCUCGCCAUUUUCUUCUUUUAAAUUUCACCUUGCUCAACUUUUGUAUUUUGUCUGUUACGAUUUUUGGCCCUGAUUUAAAGAUUAUGAAAUGGAACAAUGGAAGGAGGGUAUCAAAAUUCAAGAGGUAUCAAAAGGAUUAUGAAUUUGAAGAUUGUUAUCGACUGUAAUUUGAGUUUCAAUUUUUGGUUUGAGAAAUGAUUCUAUUUUAGAUAUCAGAUCUAGUGGUUUUGUACCAUUUUAAAAUCAAUAAAGUUUCAAUUUAUUCUAUAUAUUCUAUAUAUAACUUUAAAAUGGUACAAAAUCUGAUUUACUUUUACACAAUAUUUUUUUUAUCUUUUCAGACACGUCACAUCAAUCUUUUUCUUCUCUUUUCUCUCAUGUCUCAUCUCUUC